UUGGUGAACAGUGAAAACAGCUAAAAUCACAAAUGACUCAUCUUCUCCACCAAGAGAGAAUCUAGGGUUCCAGAUUUACUCUUUUCUCUUCCCUAUCCUCUCUUCGAUCUACACACAUCCCUCAAUCUCUGUACAUUUCAGAGAACCUUUUAGCUUUCUCUACCGCUUUUACCUGUUUUUAGCUUCUUUCCCAUGGCGAAAACUCGACCUGGUGUCCCCUCCAAAAUCAAAACCGGAAGGAAGGAGCUUGACUCUUAUACCAUCAAAGGCACCAACAAAGUCGUCAGAGCUGGAGAGUGUGUGUUGAUGCGCCCAUCGGAUGCUGGCAAGCCACCAUACGUGGCGCGUGUCGAGAAGAUAGAAGCUGAUGCUAGGAACAAUGUGAAGGUGCACUGUCGUUGGUAUUACCGCCCUGAGGAGUCCCUCGGUGGUAGGAGGCAGUUCCAUGGAGCGAAAGAACUUUUCUUGUCCGACCAUUUCGACGUUCAGAGCGGACACACCAUCGAAGGGAAAUGCAUUGUUCACACCUUCAAGAACUACACCAGGCUCGAAAACGUUGGGGCUGAGGAUUAUUACUGUAGGUUCGAGUACAAGGCUGCCACUGGCGCCUUCACCCCUGAUCGAGUUGCUGUGUACUGCAAAUGUGAAAUGCCAAGGGGUGUUAUUAUCUUUUUGGCACGGAUCGUUUCGAAGCAGAGAGCCAAGACGAACACACGGAUUUAGCACAUUGAAAAUAAAAAAAGCGGAGCCGUUUGAACACCAGAUUCAAGAGAUCAAGAGGAAGCUCCGACCAUGAGUUGAGACGCUCGUCAGAACUAGGGUUUCGCUUCGUACUACUCUCCAUGGAAAAGUAUUGAGAGACGAGAGAAAAAUUAAGUAUUAAAAAUCCCAAACGAUCGAUGAAAGAAUCUUGUAUUUAAAUAGGCUUUUUUCACUGUUCAUGUUGGCUUCUCUGGCCCAGUCCGUAUAUAGCCCACUUUUAAUUA